AGGGCGAGACAGGAUGGGGUCCCUAAGGGAGGGCACCCACGGGUCGAAAAAGAGAGUGCGUUUCUCUUUCGGCCCCCAAGGAACGGGACAACCGGCUGCUGGGGCUUAUUCGGCAGCCGACGAGGUUCAGCAGCUCAGGGAUGGACCGGCCGGGACUGGGGCGGAGUGCGACCCGGCGAGUUGCCGGGCAGCGUGGAGACCCAUGGCGUACGGCACGGAGAAGUUGCGAAAACUCCCCGCAAGGGGACGCCAUUUCCAAGUGUCGCGAGCCCCUGACACCCCCGCUCCCUCCUUAACAGUCUCCUUCAGUGAAUCAGGCCGUGACCUUGGAGAUGAACGCUUGGAUUCCUGGAGCAAGUUUGCUAAGGAUUCUAGGAGUUCCCCUCCACCGUAUCUUAGUUUAAUUAAUAAUUUUUUCAAGCCAGGGAAGCCAAAAAACUCAGAGAUGAGGUUUAAAGAAAAGGCAGUGGUGGAAAUAGCGAGGCUGGACAACCAAAUAAAACAAGCUCAAACCCAGCAAGAAUUACUAAUGGAGGAGACCAGGCAGCUCUACGCUGAAAAGUUCCUCGUCCAGAGUGAAAACAAAUUCUUUCUGGAAUACCUAACCAACAAAACUGAGGAGUAUAGAAAGCAGCCUGAAAAGCUGUGGAACAACUAUUUACAAAAAAGUGAGGAGAUUGAACAAAGGAGGCAAGAAUCAGUCUCCACGUAUGCGAAACAAACUUCAGCCUUUAAAAGGGAGCUCUUGCAGAAGGAAAAGCUCCAGUUCAAUUUAAAGCAGCAGUUGCAGGCACUGAGGAAUAUUUCACUCUUAAAAGAGAAACAGGAGAGAGAAAUGCAGAUGUUACAGGAGGAGAAAAAGAAAACCCAAGCUGAGACAGAGGCAAAGAAACAGGAACUCCAGGUCCAAUUACUCCAGGAAAAAGCAUUCCUGGAGAAACAACUCAGUGAGCCAGACAUGAGGCAGCUGGGAAACAGAAAAAGAAAGGCGCUGGACAGGAAGGCCCAGACCUUGGAGCUGGAAGCAAAGCAGUAUACUUUGGAGUUCUACCGCAGCAUCAGGAGAGAGAACCGGGAGUUACAGAAGAAAUUACUGCAGCAAACUCAGCAGUGCCAGGACUUACAGGCUAUUAAAAGCCAGUUAAAAAAUCAGAAGCAGCAGCUGCAGCAGGAACAGUGGUAUGUGCAGUGCUUGAUCCGGGGGAGGCAACGAAUGCAAAGGAGGCAUAACUGGUGCCCAAGACAGGAUGCUCCCAAGGACCACAGCGCCCCCUGAGUAUCAAACCAAGGAUUAAUCCAAAGCAGUUCCUAAAAUAACAGAUUAAAUAAGGACUGGAGUGAAUAUUCUUAUGUGCUGUAUACACCUGGUUAGGAAAGCUUUGGCAUCUCAGAAUGCUAUGGUAAAACAUCCUCGUGAUGUGUUUAGUGGGAAAGAUUAGGUGCGUUCUUCCAGCAGUACUGCUAGAUAUUUGUGCCACCAGCUUCCCUUAAUUAGGUUUUUCCUUAAUUAGAUCUUGUAAUAAAUGGGAUGUUCCUCAAAUCUCCAGAUAACAUAAUACCAUUUCCCAAACACAAGUACCUUAAACUAGCUCAAGAAAACCACCUUGAGGUAGUGAAAGGAAAACAGUUGUGUGAUUUAUUUCAUCUAAGUAAGUUAGAUUUCUAAGAAUAGCAUUUCAGACUGGAUUUGUAUAGUGCCCCUGCUCUGUAAACCACCAGUUAUCCUUAUGCCUCUUGGCCAGCUGCACACAAAGAAGGCCAAGUGCUUUUAAAAAAGCUCUUUUGCAAGUCUGCACCAGGGGCCAGGCAGCGGCUCCUUCUAUGGUUUUGUCAAGAGU